CUUCCUCUUUAAUGAAAUCCUCUUCCUCUUUAGGGAGGGAUCUGAACACCUCAGCAAGGAUGACACAGAAUUGAACCCCCAAACCUCCAACUUUUCAAUCACCUAACUUUCUGAUGGAGAAACACAAUGUGCUGGAAACAGCUCUGGUCAUGCCUGCACAUCUGUUGAAAAUCAGAAAGAUAACUUACCAGGGAACCAUUUUACUUGGACAGGAGUCAGAUCACUUGGGAGACUCUGGAAAAGAUUGGACAGAAUCUUUUUCAAUGCUACCUAUCUUAACAGCUUCCAAGAGAUUAGCAGCCAGCACCUCUCUAGAGCUGAAACCCUUUUUGACAACAAUCCUACCCCAGAACACAGAGCAAAUCUUCAUAAGCUUAGGGCUCUUGAGACAGGCUAAUAAAAACGAGUUUGAUUUUUGGAAACAAAAAGCCAACCUCAAGUGGAUACAAGAGGGGGACUGCAACACAUCCUUCUUUCAUAGUGUGGUUAAGGGGAAGAGACUUCAGCAGAAAAUAUCCAGGAUCAAGAGCAGUGAAGGCCUAUGGUUGGAGAAUCCUAAGGACAUCCUCAAUGAAGCGAGACAAUAUUACUAUAAACUUUUCUCCAACCACCCCACCUCCAACAUGUCCUUAUUCAGCCAAAACAUUCCACAUCUACUCACUGAGGAAGACAACAUAUCCCUUAACCAGCUUCCUAAUGAAGGGGAGGUCAGAGAUGCUGUUUGGAAUCUAGACCCAAAUAGUGCACCAGGACCCGAUGGUUUUAAUGGGGAAUUCUACAGGAAAUGUUGGGAUACCAUCAAAGUUGAUGUCACCAAAGCUGCUCAGGAGUUCUUCUUAGGAAUUCCUAUCCCCAAAUCUAUGGCCAGUUCAACCAUCAUCCUUAUUCCUAAAAAGGAGAAUCCAAACUGCCUGGCUGAUUUCAGACCUAUUUGCUUAUCUAAUUUCAUGGCUAAGAUCAUCUCAAAAAUCCUCUCUCAAAGACUGUCAAGGAUUCUCCCUCAAAUCAUCUCACCUGAACAGGGAGGAUUUGUCAAAGGGAAACAAAUCCAGGACCAAGUCCUUAUUGCUCAAGAGCUUAUUCAUGGACUCGAUUACAAGUGCAGGGGAGCUGUCAAACAGGCCGAAGAGGAAUCCAUGGCUGCAGAAAUUGCCUUUGAUGAGAGGCCAACAGAAACAAACAGAGAAACUUGGUCCAAAGCUAAAGCUAAGCUCAUCCUAGCCACCAACAGAGAAGUGGAAUACUGGAAGCAGAAAGCUAAUGUAAGAUGGAUGGAAAAAGGUGAUGCCAACUCAAAAUACUUCCAUUCCCUUGUUAAAGGCAGAAAACACAAAUUAUCCAUCAAGCAUAUCAAGAAUGUUCUCCGGCUCAAAGGGAUCAUCAACACCUAUCUUCAAGCUUCUGGCCAGGACAUAAACCUCAACAAAAGCAGAUUCUACUGUGGGAAACAUGCAAGGCAAGCAGCCAUUACAGCAACAACAAGAGCACUAGAGAUGAAGCAAGGAAUAACACCGUUGCAAUACUUAGGAGCUACAAUAACAAAGGGAAAGCUGAAGAAACACCAUUGUGGCACCCUACUUGAUCAUUUUGAUAGUCACCUCAGCUCUUGGUACAGCAAGACACUCAACCCCAUGGGCAGAUUGAUACUAAUUAAACAUGUACUCUCCUCCAUCCCACUUCAUACCAUUGCAGUCCAUACCCUCCCCCAAUCCAUAAUCAAUUCUCUACACCAAAGGAUGGCUUGUUUUCUCUGGGGUGUUAAAGAUGGAAAAAGGAAGCACCACUGGGUCAGCUGGAAAGAGAUUUGUGUCCCCACAGAUUUUGGGGGCUUAGGAAUUCGUGCUCUUCACCACAUACAGCAAGCCUACUCAUACAAACUAUGGGCAAAGAUCAGAUCUGACCAAGGACUCUGGGCAACAUUCAUGCGCAGGAAAUACCUCAAAAGCAACAUCUUUAAGGAAAGGCUUCCAGACUCUGCAGUUUGGAAGAGGAUCUUUAGAGUAAAUGCAACGGCAACUGAACACACAACCAUGAUGGAUGGCACACUAAAAUGGAUGGACAAAGAUUUCACCCUGAAAGCAGCGCCGGCCUGGUCCAGCGGCUCGGAGCUAAUCGACGCUUUACCGUACAUCGACGACGACUAUGGUGAUCCGAAGGUCAAAGCAGAGGUGGACCGUUUGGCCGAUGAAGAGAUGCGCCGCAGCACAAGAAAGCCCUCAGAUUUUCUCAAGGACCUCCCUCCUCUUCCCAAGUUCAAAUUCGAGAACCAUCCAAUGCUUGCAAGGGAAUAUGAAAGGGUGAGAGCCGGGAAGCCUCCUGUGCAAAUUGACACUUCAAGAUAUGGACUUGAAGAGCCCCAGGGAAACAAAAGGAAUGAUGAAUCUACGUGGAAACAAGCUCUCCAGAAGGCUCAGAGCUUGUUGCAGCAUCAAGUCAUAAGGCAGGAAAAUCUAGAUCUGAUGUUAAAUCACAACCCUGAUGCAUGGAAGCUAUACAACCAAGGACUGGAGGCUUUUUUAGCCAGAAUGCAGUCGGAAGCCGUUAAGUUAAAUGAAAAGAUUGAAAGUGUAAAUCGAGAAAGGAAAUAUCAUCAACAAAAUACUGCCUAUGAGCUGAAUGCUUUGUCCACACAAUGGAAUGAACUGUGUUUGAAAAAUCAAGAAAUUCAAGCUGCAUGCUUUGACGUUGAAAAUCAGAUCAAUGAAAUGAAGAAGGAAGCUAUGAAAAGAGGCUGGGAUGAGGAAGGUAAAACCAAAAAUUGCUCAUUAUUGGCCGCAGAAAAGAUGGUACUGUCUAGCUGAGAGCAUAGAAGAUCUGCAACUGGCCUUCAUUCUAGUUUGUGCAUCACGGAUUUCUCUGAAGUCGCCCUUGUUAUUUAUGCUUGCAAGGUUGAAGAUCGCUGAAAACAUUUUAUCUGUUGACAUUUGAUAGAUUAUUCCUAUUUUGGAAAGAUUAUCGUCCAUUUUACUCCCUUUCCCCUCUCCUAUGGUUUAAACUAUCGCCAUAACAACUGCCGAGAUUGAGUUGAAUAUGCAAUUGUAAAAUUAAGGAGAUGAACUUUU